CACGCCAGCUCUGGUGGAGACAAUAGCGUCGCUAGCUUCAGCAAAUGACGUCGCAGUUGGGCUUCGAGGCGUGUCGCAUGUGACGCGGCAGGCUCUCGGCCCCAAGGCCCACGCCACGGUGCACUUGUCGGAGCCGGUUCCCGCCAAGGUCUUCGCGGACAAGUGGGCUGCCCCCGGUGCCAUGUACAGCCUCUCAUACGUCGACCGCAUCAAGCUGCUCUCACUCACGGCGGCCAGCGGCGAGGUCGCUAACCUCCAAGUGGCCCUGGAGGUCGUGCGCUGCGCGCCCACUGUCAAGGUCAUCUCGGCCGCUGCGGCCGCUGGCAAGCUGGCAGCCGUGCAGUACCUGCAUGAGCACGCGAGAUGCCCCUGGGGUGCGGACACGACUGCGGCCGCCGCCGAGGCCUCCCAGCUCGACACUUUGAAGUGGCUGCAGGGUGCCGGUUGCCCCCUUGAUACCACCGCGCUGCAGGCUGCGGCCAAGGCGGGUGGUGCCGCCGCCGUUGACUGGUUGCUCGCGGAGACGCCUGUCAUUUCGGGCCUCAGCCCGCGGGAGGCGGCCGAUUCCCUUGAGGCGGCGGCGUGCGUGGCAGCUGCCGCCGGCCACAUCAACCUCUUUGAGUCGCUCUUCGCAGGCCUGGUGCCGGCGCUGGAGACGGCGCCGCCGCGCGCAACGCGAGGACGGGGCCGUGGCGGCCCUGCCCUGCAGGUGGGUGCGGCGGAGCCGCCUCCGCUGCGCGGGCCUGAUGGCAGCACGCUUGCCCGCAUCCUGGAGGCGCUGGCUGAGGGCGCGGACGCGGACACCUUGCAGUCGUUCGUGCGCACGUGGGUGGAUGACGUCGAGCCCGACCCCCGGCGGCAGCUGGACGAGAGGCAGUUGAACCAGGCCAUCAUUGCGGCGGCCGGCAGCACAACGCCGGGCUGGCAGGCCAAGGUGGACUUCCUGCUACAGCGCAAGCUGCAACAGCAGCAGCAGGCCGCACAGCAGCAGGCCGCACAGCCGCAACCGCCGCAGGCGGUGCAGCAACAACAGGCAGCUCCACGGACCCUGCUGCUUCUCAACCGGGCCAUACUGGCUCCGGACGUGGCCACGCGUGUGCCUUGGCUCUGCAGCCCGGAGCGGCCGGUGCAGCUGGCGGUGUCGAUGGACGACUUGAACAAGUUGCUCGAGCAAGGGCAGUGGGAGGUGGCGCAGAAGCUCGUGGCGGAGGUGCCUGGCCUGACCUACAACUACGCCUCGACGCGGGCGGCGAUCAAGGGCGGCCACAUGGACAUCGUGCAGGCGCUGCUGGCCGCGCCGCACAAUUGCCGCAUCCUGGGCCCUGAGGCGCUCAAGGUGCUGGCCUCCGCCGGCCGCCUGGAGGGCGUGCGGUGGCUGGUGGAGGAGUUCGCGGAGAAGGGCGGCCAGGACUCAGAGACGGCCAACAGCUGGAAGAUUGCUCUAACCAGUGAAGUCUUUGCAGACGCACUGACAAGCGGCUCGCUGCCGCUUCUGCGCUGGCUGCUGGCCAAGGGCUGGUCUGCGGAGGACCCGCCGGCCGGUGCGCCAAAAAGGCGCAAGGACCCGGUGGCUAGCGUGGAGGAGGCAUGGGUGUCGGCUGCGGACCUGGGCAAUGAGGAGAUCAUGGAAUGGCUUGCAAGCGAGGCGCAGGUGCCCUUCCUGCAGGCGGACGGCGAGCCGUACGUGCGCGCCGCCAAGCGCGCCGACCAGCUUAUGCUGGACUGCCUGAAGCGUGUGGGCUGCCCGCUGCCGGCGGAGGCGCUGACGGGCGCCCUGGCCUGGGGCGUGCCGCUGCCCAUUCUUCGCUGGCUGGUAGACCAGGGCUGCCCGGUGGACUGGCCGGACGCACUGGCGGCUGCACGCCUGCGGCUGCGGCCGCCGGGCGCACUGGAAUGGCUUGAGGAGCUGCAGAGGCAAAAGCAGGCGGAUGCGUUGUCGCCGGCGGCGGAGGCGGGGGCAUCUGUGCAAGCGGACAAGGUGCCCCCAUGGCUGAUCCUGGGCACCCAUGCCGGCGGCGCGGGCGGCGCAGCUAGCGCAGGCGCCAGUGGCACGGAGAAGGGCGAGGGCGCUGUGGACAUCGAGCCGGUCUCAUACGAAGACGCGGACCACAUUGUGGUGGUUGUCGACAACGGCGGCCGGCCCUUCACCGUGCGGAUCUCGGUUCCUCGCGGCGUCGCGACAGUUUGCAUCACCAAUUCCGACAACGUGGAAGACCAUGCGACGUGGGAUCCCCGGACCACGGGCAGCGUGUUCAAGUCGUACAAGUUCGAGAAGUUGUGGAUUGGGUUGGACCCAGCAGAGCGCACCGAGGCGGCGCUGGAGAAGGAGGAGGAGUGGCGGGUGCUGGACAAGGAGGCGCGGCGGGAGGGCCGGCCGUCUGCCAAAAAGGAGGUCUGGUACUAUGGCGGCAGCUCAGUGUUGAUCGGGUUGGGCGGGUGCAAGUACAUAUUCGUGGGCAUGGAGGCAUACAGCUUCACAACCGAGGAUGAUGAGAUCCGGGAUUACGUGUCCACUAUGGGCAACUCGGCCGUGCCCUACCCAUAUGCGGUGGGCGCUCAGAACUGCUACUACAUGAUCGAGGACACCUACAUCCCCUGGCACAUCAUCCGGCGCACCAGGCCGCAGGACCGCGAGGACCCCUACCACGUCCUCUACUCGAACGAGCUGCACGGGUGGUUGCCUGGCAGGGACCCGACCGCGCCCGGGCCGCCGACGCAGCGGUCCGAGUGGCAGGCAAAGUACAUGCUGGCCAACAAGCAGCUCGUGCACGCGCGAAUCUGGUAGUGUCCCGCCGCGGGCUGGUGUCGUGUGGGCAGCGGAGCUGAAGGUAACGGGCAGUAGAGCUCAGGGGAGGAACCGUGGUGGCGUUGCUGAGGGACAAGAAUGUCCGUUGACUGCCGCCGAUAAUGCCAUGUUGGGCAAGGUCGGGCCAAGUGUGAUAUGCGAGCUGCUGCUGUGUGGGUUGCCGUGCCCUUGACUGCUGUCGUCAUAUUACUUGCUUGAAGUCAUCAGACAACAACGCCGCCGGCGCCAGGCGGCAUCUACGCCACGUGCAAGUGAUGGACGGGAGACAGGGGAGGCGGCAGUGUUAUGAGGCAAUUUUGGCAGGAAUGCAUUGCUGAUGACGACAAGCAGGGACAGCCCAGGUGGGGAUCUGAGUUCACUUUCUGUAAUUAGCACCGGAC